AUGGACAAAAGUAAAAUAAGUUAUAUAUGGGACGACAAACUAAUUGAAUAUUGUGAUAGGUUACCCGCUGUACUGGGUCGUGCUUCAAUGGUGCAUGGCCUUAUUGCCACUUACAAUUUAUUGAAUCAAAUAAAAGUAGUUCGUUCCAAACCUGCUUCUUACGAAGACCUUAAACUAUUUCAUUCUGAAAAUUAUCUAGAACAUGUAAAAACUUUUACCGAUGUUGACGAGGAUUAUAUGCCGACAAAGAAAGACGAAGAAUAUGGUUUUGGCUACGAUUGCACACCAGUAUCAGCCAUGUAUGAUAUAAUAUCGAAUAUUGCUGGAGCUUCCAUAACUGCAGCAGCAUGCCUUCUUCUCGGCAUUGCUGAUGUGUCUAUAAAUUGGUGUGGUGGUUGGCAUCAUGCUCACAAAUCAAAAGCUGAAGGUUUCUGUUAUGUAAAUGAUAUUGUGAUCGCUAUUGAGAAACUGAGAAAGAAAUUUUCAAAAGUUCUUUAUAUAGAUCUUGAUGUGCAUCAUGGCAAUGGAGUUCAAGAUGCCUAUGAUUCAAAUAAAUCUGUAUUUACUCUCUCAUUCCAUAAAUAUGAACCGGGUUUCUUUCCCGGAACUGGUUCUGUAACAGAUAUCUCAUGCAAAGCACGAGGUUACUCUUGCAACUUUCCAUUACAUGCAUCAUACUGUGAUAAAACAUUCAUACAUGCUUUUAAUAAUAUUUUUUCUGAGGUCUAUUCUCAUUUUAAACCUGAUGUGAUAGUAGUACAGUGUGGAGCUGAUGCUUUGUCUCUGGAUCCCCAUGGAGGUGCAGGGCUUACAAUAAAAGGUUACUGUACAUGUAUACAUAGAAUAUUGCAGACAAAAAAACCUACACUACUACUAGGAGGAGGUGGAUAUAAUCAUGCAAAUGCUGCUAAACUUUGGACAGCUAUAACAGCUCAUGUAGCAGAUGUUACAUUGGAGGAGAACAUUCCAGAACAUACAUAUUGGCCUGAAUAUGGACCUGGUUACACCUUGACAGUGGAACCACUUCUAGCUAAAGAUUUGAAUACUCCACAGUACAUAGAGAAUAUUAUAGCUGUUAUAAAAGAUAAUUUAAACAAAUACCUAGGAGAAUAUGGAUUAAGUGAUGUGUUACAGAGAAAGAGGAAACUGGAUUGGGGCAAUAAUUCUAAAAGGAAUGACAGUAAAAAUGUUGACCCAGAAAACAAGACUGUAGAAACAUGUGAUGUUUAUGAAUUUAAUGAAUAA